GCUAUUAUACCUGUCAUGCUGUGUAAGGUUUCUUUCUCAAAAUUGUUGGGUUGCUUCAAGGUGAUAAAGCUCAUGGUUGUCUUCUUGCAGGUGCUCCUUCCCAUUAUUGGAUCUCUUCUAGACAAUGCUGCACAUGGACGAGAUAUACUGAAGCUGAAGACAUGCUUAUUUGCAAUUUGCACCUCGCUCGUGGUUAGGGGCGGGGAUUCAGCUUUGCACCAUGAUAUGGUCAAAAUUAGAAAAAUAUUGGAAAGGGUACUGUUGUGGCCUUCUGCGGACAGUGACGAAGUUUCCAAGGUGCAGCAUGGAUGUAUCGAUUGUCUAGCAGUGAUGAUUUGUGCCGAAUUACAAGCCCCAGGAUCAUCGAAAGAUUUGACCCAGAACGAGGUCAGGGUUGUAGGAGAGCAGAUGAAUUGUCCUAGCAUUGGCGCUGUGAUGAGCUCAGUCCUCACUUAUGUGAUGCAGAGAUUGAUAUGUGAUAAGAAUGCGAUUACCCUGACAGAUUCAGAUGAAAACGCAUGCCAUCGGGAGAGUCAGUCAGGCGAAAAAACUCCAGAUUCAGUGCUAAUGAAGAGUGAAAGCCUGAUUGAGCCAUCUAUCCCACUUUCUUUUCGUCUAUGCAUGGCCAAUGUCCUUAUUAGUGCUUGCCAGAAGAUCUCAAGCUCAGGCAAGCAUGCAUUCGCUCGUAGAGCUCUUCCAGAGCUCAUUCGUACCGUUGAGGUAGUAGCAGACUCAUUGAUUUUCUAG